AUGACAGGCAUUGUUAAGAAGGCUUAUGAACUUUUGGAAUCUACACCUAAUGCUUUCAUGCUUCAACAAUUCUACAACCCUGCAAACACUCAGUUAACGUUGUGCUUAUAUGGAUUCGAGCCAACUGAAAGUAAUAUACUGAAUGGUGGAAAACCAGGUCAUCAUCAGAUAACGGGAAAAGGGGUUGGAUUCAAGCCAGAUAUCCUUGGCAUGGAUCUAAUGGAGGAACAUCGACACUGGAAAAGUAGUGAAGGAUUUCCUCGCUAA